AACAUUAGAAAAAGGUGCACGGCACUUCGAACGAAAAAGUGCAGGGGGUGCCGGGCUGCAACCACUCGCUGCAAGGUUCAAGGGUGCAGUGCACCACGGCCCCACGGCGGCACCAGCGGCACCUUGCCUUGCACCCCGUUCAAUCGAGCACGGGGGUGCAGGGUGCACUGCUGCACCUCGGGGAAUCGAGGGUCUAGGUGCAGUGCACCGUGAAUUGGUGCACUGCACUUGGCUGAAUCGAAUAGACCUAUUGACGUGAAUAGCGCGAGCAGCUCGUGCGGCUGUUCCUUUCACGAUAUACGUUAAACGGUCGGCCGUAUCGUUUGCUAUCCUUGCAACUUUGACAUAAACCCGCAGGACAGCAGUUAGUCGACGUGCGUGUUUGUUUUUCAGUGCCUGUAUUUACAGACCAUAAAUUAAGGUUGAUUAAAGUUAAGGUCUAAGUACCCAAAAAUGGAACACAGGGGAGCGCGUUCGCGCAAGAAGAGCUCGGUGACGCCGUGUACUUUUCCUCGGCGGAGCUCUUCGGUCGAUGUGCAGAGCUCUACGUGUGCAGCGAUGACGGGUCGUACUACUAGCAGACGCUCGUACAGCCUGUCUCAGAUGGACCGUUUGAGCCUUAUUGCACAGAGACCUGUGAACCUGCAAGACCAGAGGGACUUCAAUGACAAGGCCUACCUUUCUGAAUGUGUGGACAAAUUGCACAGGUUUCUCAAGGAGCGGAGAUACCCACACUACACUACUCCCGAGAGGUUGAUGAGAAUGUCGGCCAAGGAAUUUGAAAAUGUCAUCACAUUUUUAAUGAAGUUCUUCGAGCCCAACUUCAAUCUGGAUGGCGGAUCACGGAUGGAAGAUGUGGUGUUCGAGCAGCUGCGCCAGCUGGGUUAUCCGUACCCAUUACACAAGAGCAUGCUGUUGGGAAUCGGUUCCCAGCCACACAAGGCCCUCGCCGUCAUCACCUGGCUGGCAGACUUAGCCAAGUACCAUGACUCUGUGAACCCACUUAUGGACUUCUUCAGCUCAGGACACUUUUCAUCCGGCACCCCUGGGCAGCACCAGGCAGGAGGAAACAGUAUCGCAGGAUUGCUGCUGGAGCACUGCUUGCAUAAGGGAGAUAAGGACACGGACAAAGAUGAUGAUUUCAUUGACAACUUGGUGCUGGAAGCUGUUGGUACCAUAGAGCCACUACAGAAGAUCAAGAAGAAGCUAGCAGAGAAAUGCAAAGAGGUGCAAAGACUGACAGGUCUCAUGGAAGAGCGAGAGAUGCUCAAUAAGGAGCUGCAGGAAAAAAAAGAAACAAGAAAUUCAGGACUAUGAGAAAUACUUUAAAAGCAUGGCUACGCACUUCGAAGAGAAGAGGCUAGAAGUGGAAAAGAAUCAAGAGAAGCUAGCUGCCCUCGAUGCCACCAGAAACAAAUUGAAGGAGGAGCUAGCCGAUGUGCAGGCACUGUGGGGACAGCAACAUACGCGCCAUGAGGACAAGCUUGCACUGCAGCAGCAGCAGCGGCGGCUCGAGCAGGACCUCUCAGCUGCACGC